AUGAAAAACAUACAGCAAAUACUGGUUAAAAAUAAUAAUUCGUCGAAUAAGUUCACUGAAAUGUUACUAGAGAACCGACUUGACAAAGAAGUAGAAAGAAUAGCAUUUUCUUUUAAUCUCCCUCUAAAUCUGCUCUUGUUCUCAAAAUACCGUUUAAAGUAUAACCGUAUUUAUCCAAAUGGAAUUAAGUAUGAUAUAUACGCAUUUUUUUGUACGCUAUUCUUGGGUGUGUUGUGUUUUUACCGAAUUUUCACCUUAGAUAUGACUAAUGCUAGUAUGAGUUAUAUGGAAAGGGCCAUUUUGACCGUCGUUCCUAUCUUAUUUUUCACCAUUUACUUCAUCGGCUUCGUGAUAGUAUUCGUUUCGGAUAUUGUGUACAAAGACAACAAUGUGUUACUUAUUUUGACCAUUCAAACUAUCAACAGGAGCAUCAGUUUCAGUAAAACUGUCCACAGCUUUAAUAUGUGGACUCACAUCUCCUUUGCGACAGUCAUACUUGUUAAUCUCAUCACCCGAGGUACAUUUUAUCUGACAUGUAGAUAUUCUCACAUCAGUGAAGAAAUUUCUGACAUCGUCCGGGACUUUAGCUUCGUCACUACAGAUGUCAACAUGGUGAUUGCUACCCGGAUUAUAAUAUUGUUAAAACAAUAUAUUGACCUGUGGAUCAAAGCUAUAUUAACAACGAAUGUGGCCCAAGAAACUGAUCUGUACUGCCAGAAGUUGUUCGGUGUUUACAUGAAUAUUAUAAAAGCAUACAAGAUCUAUAGGAAAGUUUUCCAAGCGUUGGUAAGUUUCGACUUUUAUAUAUUUCAUUUAAUUAUUUAG